UUCGAAUUAAUCUAAAUUAAUUAGAAUUAAGUUUGGCGUAUUAUAAAAAGACGAACGAAUUUGUCUUUCACAUCAAUUGAAGCUAUGAUGUCGAAAAUAUCAAUUGCUCUAUUUGCUGCUGUUGUAGUUUGUCAGGUUUAUGCUUCGCCUGAAGCACAAAACUGGGGUCCACCGCCAUUCGGAGCUCCACGAGGAUUCGGACCACCACCACCACCAUUCGGAGCUCCACGAGGAUUCGCACCACCACCACCACCAUUCGGAGCUCCAGGACCAUCAUUACAUUUUAGUCCACUUCCUCCAUCACCACCAAGUCCUCCAACACGACCAUCACCACCAAGUCCUCCAACUGGACCGCCACCAGUUUUAGAUGCUGGUGGUUGCAUACCGAACCCUGCCGCCAACGAAGCACUUCUCCGUAAAGUAUACAGCGAAGUGUUCAGCCAGAAAAAUGUUAGCAACAUCGACAAGUACUACGCUCUCAAUCACAUUGAACACAAUCCAUUCGAUAGAGACGGUCGUGACCAAGUUGUAGAGCUUGUAACAACUGGCACUUUGGGCGGGCCACCGGUGAAUGUGGAAAUUCAACGAAUGAUUUCGGCAGGAGACUUUGUUUGGGUCCACAGCAAAUUCCCAAUCACCAGAUUGGGCAGUGUUUUCGCCAUUGUGGACAUUUUCCGAUUUGAAUGUGGCAUUAUUCACGAACAUUGGGACGUGCUUCAAGAUACCAUCAAUUUGCCGGGACCUGUGGUCAGCACUCAUCCAUUCUUUUAAAAUGA